AUGGCUACAAACAUGAAUCCUGCUCCAGCAUAUACCGCAACUGCACUGCCAGGCCAGGCAACCGCGCCUCAGCGGAUAGCCAUGGUAGAUCUUGAAGCAAACCGAACUGUGAACACGACAGUCAACGCAACAACAGUCAACACAACAUCAGCGGUUCAAUGCCGAUACCGACCAUGGUAUGCUCGCAGAUCACUUGCCAUAAUUUUCAUGUUAUGCAUAACUAUACCAGUUUGCAUUUAUUUGUUUAUGAGGCGAUACCACUGACUUAGCAACUACAUUUGCUCGCUGUUGUCUUGUGAUGACUCGUUACGGAAAAAUUUGAAGACAUUUGGAAACGCUCAGUCUCUCGCCAAUCUCUAGAAACAAAGUCCCGUGCAAAUGCCCCCCCGUAUCGUUCGGCGGCGGCGAGUCAUGCUGAGGAAUGGAAGCAAGUAACAGGCCUAGACAAGCGCUUUUAUGGUGCUCACCAUCUUCACGGUUUAGACUAAACAAAGCAUUGAUCGGUUGAUUCUGCGC